AUCAGAUCCACCAGGUGCGAGCUGUGUUGCCUACCAUUACUUCUUCUUCUGUUCUCAAUUAUCUCUGGGAAGAUGGCUCUGCAGAUGCCCAGAGGCCUUUGGACAGUAGCUGUGAUGGUGACGCUGGUGAUGCUGAGCACCCCAGUAGCUGAGGGCAGAGACUCUCCACAGAAUUUCGUGUACCAGUUUAAAGGCCUGUGCUACUUCACCAACGGGACGGAGCGGGUGCGGCUCGUGGCGACAUACAUCUACAACCGGGAGGAGUUCGUGCGCUUCGACAGCGACGUGGGGGAGUACCGGGCGGUGACCGAGCUGGGGCGGCCGGACGCCGAGUACUGGAACGGACAGAAGGACGCCCUGGAGCGGAAGCGGGCCGAGAUAGACACGGUGUGCAGACACAACUACCAGGUGGAUGCCCCCUUUACCUGGCAGCGCCAAGUGGAACCUACAGUGACCAUCUCCCCAUCCAGAACAGAGGCUCUAAACCACCACAACCUGCUGGUCUGCUCGGUGACAGAUUUCUAUCCAGGCCAGAUCAAAGUUCGGUGGUUCCGGAAUGACCAGGAGGAGACAGCCGGUGUUGUGUCCACCCCCCUUAUUCGUAAUGGAGACUGGACCUUUCAGAUCCUCGUGAUGCUGGAAAUGACUCCCCAGCGAGGAGAUG